AAAAUAGUAAAUUCUCAAAAACAAUAAGAAAGAAAUCCAAGGCCACCACUCUCUCAUUAACAAUUCAAUGUUCCCAAAUAUUUCGAAAUCUUUGUUCAUAUAACCCAAAAUUGAUUGAUUCAUUUGUACUCAAGAAAUUCUCUCUACUUCAAUUUUUACUGGUCCACUUGCAUUACUCUUCAUCUUCUUCCUCAGUUCAAAAACAACCCAACAACCCAAGUCUCCCUUUCAUUUCCAUAAUCAUAAAACCAUCUUGAAAUGGCCCAUUUCAAUCCCGAUUAUAAUUAAUUAUUUCUGCUGUUUUUUUUUUUUGGUUUAAUUUAAAGAUUCGAUCCUUUUCAUUUUUGUUGAAGAAAUGGCUGUAAAUCACUGUUUAUCUUCAUUUCAGCCAGUAAUUCAUGCUCCACGAAGACCCAUAUCGCCAAUUUACAGUAUUCGAAUGUCUGUAAUGGCCACAGAAAUUUAUGGUGUUACUGCUAAGCAUUUAACUCAUUACAGAUAUGCAAACAGUAAAAAAGUGGCCACCUUUGUUUCUACUACUGUUUGUGAAAACUCGUCUCCACCUUCUUUUACUGCAUUUAAUGAGCUGAUCGAGUCUUUGAUUAAUCGGGUGGAUUUGUCAGAAUCUGAAGCAGAAGCAUCUCUUGAUUAUUUGUUAAAUGAUGCUAAUGAGACAUUAAUUAGUGCUUUACUUGUCUUGUUGAGAGCCAAAGGAGAGACUUUUGAAGAAAUAGUGGGAUUUGCAAGGGCAAUGAUUAAGCAUGCUAGAAAAGUUGAGGGGUUAGUUGAUGCAGUUGAUAUAGUUGGAACGGGUGGUGAUGGAGCUAAUACGGUUAAUAUUUCUACUGGGGCAUCUAUACUUGCUGCUGCUUGUGGUGCAAAAGUUGCCAAGCAAGGGAAUCGUUCGAGUUCUUCUGCAUGUGGAAGCGCUGAUGUUUUGGAAGCAUUAGGGGUAGUUAUUGACCUGGACCCGGAGGGGGUAUCAAGGUGUGUGAAUGAAGCAGGAAUUGGUUUUAUGAUGUCUCCCAAGUACCAUCCAGCAAUGCAGAUUGUCAGUCCUGUGAGAAAAAAAUUAAAAGUUAAGACAAUAUUCAACAUCUUGGGCCCUAUGUUGAAUCCGGCACGUGUACCGUUUGGAGUUGUUGGAGUAUUCAAGGAAGAGUUAGUUUACAAAAUGGCGAAAGCAUUGCAAAGAUUUGGGAUGAAGAGAGCACUAGUUGUUCACUCAGAGGGAUUAGAUGAGAUGAGUCCCCUUGGCGCUGGGACAGUUCUUGAUGUCACACCAGAAAAGAUUGAGAAAUUCUCAUUUGAUCCUUUGGAAUUCGGCAUUCAUCGUUGCACUUUAGAAGACUUGAGGGGCGGAGGUCCAGAAUAUAAUGCGGACGUGCUCAAACGUGUAUUAUCUGGGGAGAAAGGGGCUAUUGCUGAUGCGCUAAUUCUAAAUGCAGCAGCAGCUCUUCUGGUAAGCAGUCGUGUAAGAACUCUUGCUGAAGGAGUAGCUUUGGCUCGGGAGACGCAAUUGUCAGGAAAAGCUAUGAAGACUCUUGAUUCCUUGAUAAACAUAUCACAUGUGUGUAAAACUUUAUCUUGAACCCGUUGCUGCCGGAGUUGAUCUUCUCUAAUUUGUUUGACAACAGCAGAAGAAAGACAAAUUUCUCCUUGGUCAUACGGAUACAAUAAGUCUUGAAACAGAAUUGGCAAUUGUACAAGGAUAAGAACAAAAGGAAAGGAAUAACUAUGCACUAUUGUACAAGUUCUAGAGAGAAUUUUGGACAAUUUACUUGUCUACAGAUUAAUAAUAUCUUUGGGAAAUUACUGGUGCAAUAAUGUAAGAAAUAGUUGUGCUUCAACUUGAAAGAUGUUUUAUACAUUUUUUUCCAGUCA